AUGGCACUUAUUUGGGAACUGCCGAUACGCCCUCGAUAAUUAAAACUAAUCAUAAUGGAACUAUAAAUUCUACAGCUGCUACACCAUACCCAAAAAUAUUCAAAGAAACUUACAAUGUUAAGAAAUUAGACUUUUUAGUAAUCGGUGAUUGGGGAUAUCAAGGGAAUGGAUCUGGACAACGAUCUGUUGCCGAUGCUAUGAAGAAUUGGGCAAAGUGGAAUAGUUCUCAGUUUAUUCUUAACGUUGGUGUUGCAUGGAUACAUAUCGACACCGAUCCAUUCGCAUAUUACUAUAAUAAUUUAACAGACAAGAAUGAACUUAAAGCUAAUCUUGCAAACAUGGGUUUUAAUAAUAACGAUAAUAUUGAAGAAAGAUUAAAUUGGAUAGAAGAUCAAUUAAAGGCUGUCAGCCAUAUUAAAUGGAUUUUUGUUGUUGUGGGCGAAUGCUCAUAUACUUAUUAUUUUCCUCGCCUUCGAUCGCUCUUAAACAAAUACCGUGUAACGGCCUAUUUUGCGGGUCAUAAUCAUGUGUUGGAAAUAGAAACUACCAAUAAUACGUCUCCUGUUACGUAUUUCACUUCAGGUGCUGGAAGUAGAUUUGAUUUGGAAGGUUGUAAAGGCGCCACUUGGGGUGCUCCAGGCGGUACUAUGGGAUUUUUACACGUUAGUAUUGAAGACGGUUGCGAUCAGCUAUACUACGAGUAUGUUAACGCGACUAUCAUGGGACAAACACCCCAAGUUGUAAAGCAAGGAUUUGUCAGUUUUAGAAUAACUUGUGCUGAAAUAAUUGGAGCUGAAGAUGUGAAAAACCAUACUUUAGAAUAUUCAGCCGAAUUAGAUUCAAC